AUGGCAGCCUCAACCCCCAUUCCCAUCAUCCUCUGUGGGAAAACAGAGCAGAUUGGCCAAGGAGUCAUUGAAGGGUUGAAACCCGAGUUCGAAGUGGUCCAAUUCAUCAUGAACCCCGGAGCAGUCAUCACGGAGGUUCCAUUCAUUCUCCGAGGAGAGGCUCCCGAAUCGUCAAGCAGCAGCAUCGGCACAGGAAAUGUGGCAGCGGGUGUGCGUGCCGUCCUCCUCGGAGGAGCAUUUGAUGACGCCACCAUCUUCUUGAUACGCACCGAAAUCGCCAGGUCCAUCACCUCGCCCAAAUUACCCUGGGUGAGACAGGAUAUGGAGAAGCCGACGCCGCCGCUGGGCCCGGAAUAUGGAAAGGCGAUGGUGGCGAGGUGCAAGGAGGCUUUACUGAAGUUGCAAGCCGAGGGAAAAUUAGACGGCACUGAUGAUGGAUUGUACUACUACUGA